AUGACUACAUCUUCCGCUGAAGCUCCUGCGGCUCGGUCCGAUCUAGCGUCGGCCGUCGAGUCGGCUCCGGCGCCGCAGCCAGAGUUAGUUCCCGCUGCUGAUCCACAGGACGGCGAUGAGACGGAUGCUGAUUCUGCUGUUGGUGAUGACGCCGCGAGCUCCACUGCUUCUAUCACGAGCAGCAUUCUUGAGUACCGCACUAUCCAGGGUCGCACGUUUCAUAGUGAUCGACACCCUACUGAGUACUUUACUCCUAAUGAUGAGCAGCAGUCUGCGUCGAUUGAUAUCAAUCAUCAGGCUUUGACGCUGCUGUUGGGUGGAAAGUUGUUCCUUGCGCCUAUUAAGGACAAUGUGCAGAAAGUACUUGAUGUCGGUACUGGAACUGGUAUCUGGGCCAUCGACUUCGCAGAUGAAUACCCCGAGGCUGAAGUAAUCGGCUCCGACCUCUCCCCCAUCCAGCCUACUUGGGUCCCCCCGAAUGUCAAGUUCGAGAUCGACGACGCCACCCUCCGCUGGACAUGGGACGAUAACACCUUCGACUUCAUCCACAUCCGUUACCUGUUUGGCGCCAUCAAGGACUGGACGUCUCUGUUCAAGGAGGCCUACCGUUGCUGUGCAAAAGACGGCUGGAUUCAAUCCGCCGAAGCCGAUGUGCACAUCCGAAGUGACGACGGAACCACUGACGACCUUGAUGUUCUGAAGCUCUGGGCUAAGCUGUUCACUGAGGGUGGAAAGCUGCUUGGUAACUCUUUCUUCGUUCAAGAGGGCGAUUUGCAGGAGAAGGGUAUCCAUGAGGCUGGAUUCACCGAUAUCAAGAGUAUUGAGUACAAGUUCCCCAUUGGCGGAUGGCCCAAGGACCCUGAACUCCGCGAAGUCGGAAACUUUGUCCGUGCCACUCUCGAGAACGAUCUCGAAGGCUACACUCUUCUCCUCUGGAAGACCAUCCUCCAGUGGCCCGAGGACGAGUACCAAGUUUUCCUUAUGGAGAUGCGCAAGUUCCUUCGCAACCGCAAGGUUCACCCUUACAUGACCGUCCGAUAUGUCUAUGCUCGCAAGGCAGAGGCUACCUAA